UGCUGAUGGUUAGGGCCUUAGCACCCAGUGCAGUAGCAGGCACAGGGGGUACUCAGUAAACAUUUGUUAAAUGAAUGUUUGAUUAUCAGAGCUGAGUCUUGCUUUGAAGGAUACAGCCUAGAUGCUCUAAGUGGGAGGAUAUAAAACUGAGGGAAAAGCAGCUUCCGGUAUAUCCUAAUGCGAGGGUACAGAGGGCAAAUGCCCUCGGGUCAUCCGGGGCUCUGUGCGCUGAUGUGAAAACCAUGGUGUCCUCCUUCCCAAAGCCAAGUCUCAGGCUACCGUUUUCUCGCUCGCAGUCGGAAACAAAUCGUGUUCUGAGUGACUGGAGUCACCGCUCCCAACACCAGGAGCUGCUCUGGGGUGGGGCGAGGGGCAGUGGUCCUGGGGCUCCAGUCUCUGAAGGCCCAGACCUCCGGGCUGGGGGGGAGGGGUGACGAGCGGCAGGUCCUGUCCCCGGGAGGCUGCAGCCGCUGGGGGGAGAGACAAUGGGGCUCAGCAUCUGCUCCUCGCUGGGAGAAGGGACCCUCAGUGAAGAGCCAGGGAGAGCAGGGAAGUGUGGGAGGAAUUGAUGAGAAGGGGUGGAGCCGAGGAGAUGCAGCCCGGAGGAAGGAAGGGAAGGGGGAAGGAAGAGAGGGGAGGGAGAGGAGAGGAUCCAGGCUUUCCUUCCUCUUGAUGACCUGGUCCUGCGCUGCGGCUUGUUCUGGCACUGCUUCCUGCGGAAACUCUCGGGGCCCAGAAGACCUCACGUUUCUCCCCAGCCCCUGGCAGCAGAACCAGUCCAAGGGCCAGGCAUCCAGCAGCGAUGCCCUCCUAGCCAGCCGCCGCGGGAUGGAGGGCUUCAUGGACUCAGGGACACAGACGGAUGCAGUGGUGGUGCUGUCCUUGGCGCAGGCCGCCGUGCUGGGCCUGGUCUCAGAGAAUGAGCUCUUUGGAGCCACCAUAAGCGCCGAAGCCUUCUACCCGGACCUGGGGCCGGAGCUCCCUGUGGCAGCCAUGGGGGACCCUGGGCCCACAGGCCCCGACGUCUACCAGCUGGCCUGCAACGGGCGUGCCCUGGAGGAGCCAGUGGAGGAGGAGGUGCUGGAGGUGGAGGCUGCCUUCGAGAAGCACACCCGGCGGAAGACGCGGCCGCCCGUGCGGCUGGUGCCCAAGGUCAAGUUUGAGAAGGUGGAGGAGGAGGAGCAGGAGGUCUAUGAGGUGUCUGUGCCUGGCGACAACAAAGAUGCAGGCCCUGCAGAGGCCCCUGCAGAGGUGGCCAGUGGCGGCUGCGAGGCCCUGGUGCAGAGCAGCGCCGUCAAGAUGAUCGACCUCAGCGCCUUCAGCCGUAAGCCCCGGACACUGCGGCACCUGCCCCGGGCCCCGCGGCCAGAGCUGGACAUGGCACCCUACGACCCCCACUUCCCCGACCCGGCCCGGGAUGGCUUCCCCGAGCCCAGCAUGGCGCUGCCGGGCCCAGAGGCCUUACCCACGGAGUGUGGUUUCGAGCCCCCCAACCUGGUGCCCCUGAGCGACCCCGAGGCCCCCACCAUGGAAUCCCCAGAGCCCGUGAAGCCAGAGCAGGGCUUCGUGUGGCAGGAGGCGGGGGAGUUCGAGGCCGACUCAGCGGGCUCGACGGUGGAGCGCCACAAGAAGGCACAGCUGGACCGGCUGGACAUCAACGUGCAGAUCGACGACUCCUACCUGGUGGAGGCAGGCGACCGCCAGAAGCGCUGGCAGUGCCGCAUGUGUGAGAAGUCCUACACGUCCAAGUACAACCUGGUGACGCACAUCCUGGGCCACAACGGCAUCAAGCCGCACUCGUGCCCGCACUGCAGCAAGCUCUUCAAGCAGCCGAGCCACCUGCAGACGCACCUGCUGACACACCAGGGCACGCGGCCCCACAAGUGCCAGGUGUGCCAGAAGGCCUUCACGCAGACCAGCCACCUCAAGCGCCACAUGCUGCUGCACUCGGAGGUCAAGCCCUACAGCUGCCACUUCUGCGGCCGCGGCUUCGCCUACCCCAGCGAGCUCAAGGCCCACGAAGUGAAGCACGAGAGUGGCCGCUGCCACGUCUGCGUGGAGUGCGGCCUGGACUUCUCCACCCUGACACAGCUCAAGCGCCACCUGGCCUCCCACCAGGGCCCCACCCUCUACCAGUGCCUCGAGUGCAACAAGUCCUUCCACUACCGCAGCCAGCUGCAGAACCACAUGCUCAAGCACCAGAACGUGCGGCCCUUCGUGUGCACGGAGUGCGGCAUGGAGUUCAGCCAGAUCCACCACCUCAAGCAGCACUCCCUCACCCACAAGGGCGUGAAGGAGUUCAAGUGCGAGGUGUGUGGCCGGGAGUUCACCCUGCAGGCAAACAUGAAGCGGCACAUGCUGAUCCACACCAGCGUCCGGCCCUACCAGUGCCACAUCUGCUUCAAGACCUUCGUGCAGAAGCAGACCCUCAAGACCCACAUGAUUGUACACUCGCCGGUGAAGCCAUUCAAAUGCAAGGUGUGCGGGAAGUCCUUCAACCGCAUGUACAACCUGCUGGGCCACAUGCAUCUGCACGCGGGCAGCAAGCCCUUCAAGUGCCCCUACUGCUCCAGCAAGUUUAACCUCAAGGGCAACCUGAGCCGGCACAUGAAGGUCAAACAUGGUGUCAUGGACAUCGGUCUGGACAGCCAAGACCCCAUGAUGGAGCUGACGGGCACUGACCCCUCUGAGCUUGACAGCCAGCAGGAGAUGGAGGACUUCGAGGAGAACGCCUAUGCCUACGCUGGUGUGGACAGCAGCGCCGAGGCCAGUGUCCUCACCGAACAGGCCAUGAAAGAGAUGGCCUACUACAACGUGCUAUAGCACAAGCUAGGCUGCCCCAACGGGGCGAGGAGGGCACGGGGCGUGGGGGUGAGACCCACGUGCUGCAGGCUGCACCUCCUGCAGCAGAAAAACAAGCUACUGCCCCACUGUCCCGUGUCCUCCCCUCCCGCCACAUCGUUUGCACCACUAGGGACCUCUAGACCAAACGGAGACUGUACUCCUGGCCUCGGCUGUGAACCCCGUACCGGCCCCAGUCAUCUGGGGAAGGAAGGCUGACCGAAGGCCCAGCUCUGGGUCCCCUUGGCCUGCUGCUGUGGGAGGGUGGGAGGUAUGUUGAUGGGGCCAUCUGGGGCCAAGUCUCAAGGUCCCUCCAGGCCCAGCAGAGCUGGGGCAGCCAGCGUGAGCAGGGGCUCCUGAGCUUCCGCAGGGCCCUGACCCCGGAAGGCACUUGAGCUAUGCCUUGUUCCUCCUUGGGACCAACUCCUGCCUAUAGGAUGGGAUGUCUGAGCUCCUGUCUAGUCAGCACUGCCCCCCAAGUCCACCCCCUACCAGCCCCAGAGACCCCUUCCCACCCUGUCCAUGGACAGCCAGGCAGGGCCCUCUGCCUUCUACCUCCUGGUGCCGCCCGUGCUGUCCUGAAGCCAGGCAUGCAUGCAGCCCCAGUCCUGGCCUUAGGAAGGCAGGGUACAGCCCAGCCCCCUGCUAGCACCCUCAGCCAACCCCUAGAAGGCCCCCUGUCUUACAGCCCUGCUUGGAAAUGGGUGUCCCUAAAGUGGAUUUCAACAGAUGUCAUCCGGUUCUGUUUUGAACUGGGGCACCACAUCAGGGUCCCCCGACACGAGCAAAGCUGGGGCAUGCCUUGCACCAGGCCCACGCUGACAGACGGAUGUCGGCCCCUUGAGUGAGAGGCAGGGCAAAGUAAAGGGGUCAUGGGGACCAAGAAGGGCCCUUCUCAGAGGCCGAGAACCAUCUGGGUGGGGGUGUGGGGAGCGGGGCUGGAGUAUUUUCUUAACACGCAUCCAUUUUGAGGACAGGGACAGCCAAGAGUCAACAGGUUCCCAAGAAGAGCAACCUAUCUAAAAAAGCAAAGUGAAGACCAUAGAGAAAAAAAAUUGUUGAGCAAAUGGGGGUCUUCUGAAGGUAAUUUAUUGUUUUCCCCUCUCCAGUUCUGUGUCGCCUGUCUCUUUUCUGAUGGAGAUCAUUUUUCCCCAUCGGCAGCUUUUCUGUGCGCUGCGCCUCCGCAGCCUGGAGCAGCCCGGCUGGGCAGGCUCCAGGGGGGACUGCUGACUGGCCCCGGGGGUGCAGCUGCAGCAGCAGCACCUCAGGAGGCCGGGGCGGGAGGCAGGAGGCAGAGCUGAGCGGGCCCUCCACCCGCGGCCCGGCUCCUCCAGCCAGUGACCUGCUCAGCGCCACCCCCACCCCCACCCCCACCCCGCACUAGCCGGGCGGCUCCGUUCUGCUCGGCCAGCAGCUGCUCCCUUGCUCGCCACUCAUCGCCUCUGUCCCCAUGCCAGCUCCUGCCCCUGGAAAUGAAGACAGGCCCAGGGCAUGAAAUAGCACAUUCAGGAAUUCUAGGGCACCCAGACUUCUCCAACAGCCUCAGUGGGAGGGGCAGGCAGUGCUGUCCCCAAAGGCCCAGGAGGUGAGGUCACCAGCUUCAGCCCAGAAACCAGGCUGGGGUGGGAGUCAUCUGAAAUGCAGCUGCCCCGCCGAGGCUGCAUGUAUCCUCAGUGAGGGACCGAGCCAGGCCUCAGGGUGGCUGUGAUCGGGACUGAGGAGAGGAUAAGGGGCCCUCAGGAUUGGGCAGCCAGGUGCGCCUCCCUUCUCGGCUAGAGCUCAUGUGAAGCAGCAAACGAGAGAGGGCUGGGGGCUCACAGGAGGCUCGCCCCAAGGGCGCCCUGGCCCCCAGUGCCCGCCGUGAUGACCCUCAGGUGGCAGUGACCCGUCACUGUAGACGACAUUUUCUCCUGCUGAGCAGAAGCAUCAUGCCCUGCAAACUACCUCUUCCCACAAUGUCUUUCUCCCCUGGUACCAAAAAGAACCCCGUACCUCCUCCUCCCCCUGCCAGUACUGCGGCCUUGGUCUUGGAACCCUGGGGAGAGGGUCCGGCCCCCGGGGGGGGCUCUCCUUCCCUCCCCAGCCCUGCCAUCGGCACCGGUCGAUACUUGAACGCCCCACUGCCUGUGCCUUGGGCACGGGCAGAGCUGAGAAGGAGACGGCACAACUCAACUGAGCUGGGGGUGGUCUUAGCAAGGCUCCUGGCCUCACCCGUCCCCAACCUUUUCAAAAGAGGUGUGCAGCCUCUUGGGUGACUUGGAAACUCCUGGACAGAUUCCAUUCUAACUUAUUUUGACGUGUAUACAAACCAACUGUUUAGAAAUUCCACUUGUGCAAAGCCCUACUGUGUUUUUAUGUUCCUGUUUAAAAGAGUUUACUUAGCAAUAAUUAUAAAUAAAUGAAUAUUCUCUA